AUGCGUUUCUCAUUCGCUUUGUCUAUGGUGCCUUUGGCCAUCUCCGUUGGAGCCAUCACUCUCACUGAGCCCAAGAAGGGUGACAACAUCACUCCCUCAAGCUCUGUCGAUGUCAAGUGGACUUCUGUUGACACCGAUGCUUCAAGCUUCGACAUCUACCUCGUCAACAACGCUGUCUAUCCCCCCGUGAAUAAGAAGCUGGCCUCGGAUAUCGAAACCUCCAAGGACUCCUACAGCGUCAAUGUCGGCGACAUCCCCAACGGACACGGUUACCAAAUUGACCUCAUGUCCAACGAUGUUCACAACAGCGGCAUCCUCGCCCAGACCGGCCAGUUCAACGUCACUGGUUCUGCUGACAGCUCUUCCACUGCCUCCACUGCCUCUUCUACCUCCUCUACUUCUUCCACCAUGACCGGUACCUCGACUACCGUUUCUACUACUGCCACUCCUUUCACUACUGAGGUUGUCUCUACCAGCACUGGUGCUAGCACCACCGUUGAGAUCACUCACGCUGUGACUAGCACCCCUGCCUCUGGUAUGACUACUGCUGCUUCCUCGGGUGCUGCCAGCGGCAGUGCCUCUGCUACUCCCUCUACCGGUGCUGGUGUUGCUGUUCUGGCUCACCCUGCUGCCGUUGGAGUCAUUGGUGGUGCUUUGGCUCUCAUGCUGUAG